GCGAAAGCGCACCACCUGAGGUGCAGCACAGUCGUGAAAUGCUCGGAAGCGCCACCAAGGCGAGCUGCUUUGGCAACGACUCGUGAAACUCGCGUCAGUAGCUUAGUUGAAAAUGCCGCCUAGACGGGCCCGAGUGCCUGAAACUCUUGAAAGCCGCAUCAAGCAAGGGCUUCAAUACAUAGCUGCCCUCCGCGAGGACGCGGUGGCAGCUCCAGACCGGGUGGAAUCCCUGAAUGAUGCACUCCAGGAUGCUGACCUGGACUUAGUCAGCAGUGUCGAAGUCCUGGGCGGCAUUGUCGCUGCCCAUGGAUGGGCCGCACGCGCGCUCGCCGCAGACAUGACGAGUAUACCUGCACUCGUCGUCCAUCAAAUUACUGCGAUAAAGCUACAAGAAGUGCUCAGAAGCCGACAGGGCGACCCAGCUGGCGACCAGCUGGUCCUGGCCCUGCUGAGGGCGGACACGCUGGCCGUAUACGCGAGGCUGUUGGCGCAGACGCUCGCAACCACCCGCGCGGCCGCUGCCCGCCGUGGCGCCGCGACGCUGUAUCGGUCAAAGCUGAUGCUGGUCAUGCACGUGGUUGAUGCCCUCCGUGAUGUUGCCGAGUGCGUGGGCGAGAGCUCUGACGCUGGCCUGCAGCAGGAGCUGGUAACGGCGCUGGCGCACACGCAGCUGCUCGAGCACGCCGUCCGGGCACUGCUGCACGUUGCGCAGGCCACCCCAGCUGCAACCGGAGCAGCAGCAGGAGCAAGAGCAUCAGCCACAAGCUCGGCGACGGGGACAUCAGAUGGGGACUGGACCAGCGUGUCGCAGACCGCGGCGGUCCUGUGCAAGACCCUACUGAUGUGCUUCGUUGACAACGUGAGCAUCGCCUCACUAUGCCCGAGGUCCCGGGAAAGGGACACCCUCCACGAUGGCACGUCGAAGCCGGAGCAGCUCAGACUGCUGGAGCAGAUGCGGCCGCUGCUGGCCGCCCCCGGCGUGCAGCUCUUCGCUGGAUGGGCGGGACUGUGUGCAGCCAUGGCCGUGCGGCAAGGCGCCGCCGACGGCAGCAUUCAGCAGGGCUUGGCGCCUCCUGUGUCGCAGCUGCGGCACGGGCUGCCGCCGAAGGUGGUGAGGCCCUUUCAGCCGCCGAGGACCGCCGAGCAGCUAUUCAUCGACAUGUCCGGCAUAGGCAUGGCAUGUGUCAUCGUCCUGCAGGUGACGGUCAGCGGCCCCUGCGACCUGGCCAUCGCCCAGCCGCCCGUGGGCUACGACCACCUGCCGCACAGGCAGCCGCAGCCGCAGCAACUGGCGGGGCCAUCCGCAGCAGGGUCAGCAACGGCGGAGGGGUCAGCACCAGCUUCGUACAGCGCCGUACACGCGUACGGUCUGCUGAAGGAAGUAUGGUACGGGCUCGCCUGCUAUGGCAGCAAGGACUUGUGUACGUUGUGCACGGCCGCCACGGUAAUGGCCCGGCUGCUGACGGAGCUGCGGCCGCGGCAGGCGGCGGUGCUGCUGCCGAGUUGGUGGCAGCUGCUGGCGCAGGAGCCGUCCAUGCUGAUUGAGGGGUACAGGCUUGCGCGGGACGCAGGGGAGCUGCUGCGGCUGCAGCUAAAUGCGCCGCCGCCGGCCGCGUGGGCUGCUGGGGUGACGGAUGCAGCUUCUGCUGCUGCGGCGAGCGUGGAUUGGCCGUCGGGAACCUCGGAGGCGCAGGGUGCGGAGGCGGCAGUAGCAGCGAAGGCAGCAGCCAGCCUGGCGCGUGGGAGGGACCCAAGCUACAGCCUCCGCUGUGCGCUGGACGCGGGGCUCCUGUCAACUGUGGAGCGGUGCCUUCGCGCGCCGCAGGCCUGGCGGCAGUCCGACAGCGCAAGCAAGCUGCUGUACGUCGUGAACUGCGCGCUGCGCUACUCGGGCGUGUGGCCCGCAGUGCUGGCUCGCGGUCCCUUGCAGCAGGCGAUGUCGUUGAUUGCCACGCUGGGCGCAGCAGCUCGGCUGUUGGAGGCGAAUGACACGUUGCUGGACACGAUUGCACUCGCCUCUCAGCCAGGAACAGGGAUAGUUGCGCAGCGCAGUGCCGGGGGCUAUCUGUGUACCUACCUUGCUGCAAUGCUGGAGCAGGUCGCGGACGUGCGGGCGCUGCGCGAAAAUGCACAGCAGCAGCAGCAGCGGGAGUGGCAGCAGGAGCAGGGGCGUCCGGAGCAGCAACCGUUGCAUCAGGCACACACUGAUGCCGCAGCCACCGAUGCCGCAGCCGCAGCCGCUGCUCCUGCUUUGUACCUCAACUCGGUGCUGGAGCGUCUGGGGCACAAGGACGGGAGUGUUAAGCCCUCCACGUGCUCCAUCGCCUGGAUGGCGGCGGCGGGCGGCCUGCCGGCUGCCGGCUCCACGGCGGACCGGCAGCAGCAGCUGCUCGCCAGCUUCGCAGUGUACCAGUGGCUGCCUACGCUGGCAAAGGCAACAGAGGAUGCCUUGCAGGGCUCAGUAGCUGCCGCCGAGCGCGCGGCGCGGCCAUUGUUGCAGGCGCUCCUGGUGGGGCGCCUGCUGGUGGAUGUGCUCUGGCACAGGGAUUGCACAUGGGCUGAGGCCAACGGCGGUGCGGGAGGCGGAGGCGGUGGGGGGGCACGCAGCACGUCGCUGGAGGGGGCGUGGUGGGAGGGUGUGACGCCAACUAUGCAGCUUGCGGAUGGCAUGAGCGGAAUCGCGUACCUCUUCGCGGCGGCCGCAGUAGAGCCCCUGCUCAAGCAUUGCCAUGCGUGCGUGCAGACGGCUGUGCUGGACCUACUCCAGUCGUAUUGGACACUCUUUAAGCAUAUGGCGCGCGCGGCAACGCAAUCAUGGGCGAAGAGCACGGCAAGGCAGCAGCAGCAGCAGCAGCAGCAGCAACAGCCGCCACCGCCCGAGCUGGUGCUGCAGUGCUUGGCGCCGCUGCCGGUGCAGCAGCUGGCGGCGGCGCACGGGCGGCAGGACAUUGUGGAUUACCUGGACGCAGUAGCUGAGGGUGUGAGAGAGGAGUUGUUGAUCGAGUGUGGAGGUGCUGGCGCCGGGGGAAGCAGCGCAGAGGCACAAGGGCCCGCCAGCAGGGAGGGCGGCGUGUUGCAUGCUAGCGCCACGGCGGAUAGGUUGAGGCAGAAGUGGGUUGGCGUCGUGCGGCCGCGGUACCAGUGGCUGCUGUCUCAAGGCCAGGUACAGGCGGGGCUGCAUGACCUGAUGGUCGCAGAGGCGGCGGCUGCAGCGGCGGCUACUGCUACGGGCGAGCCCUCAGCAGCCUGCGGCGGCGGGGACGGCAGUGGUGGUCGCAGUGGCAGCAACAGCAAUACCACUAGCGGCGGCAGACAGGGCAGCAGCAGCGGUGGGCCGGUGUUUGAGCACAAGUUGUGCUGCAACCCGCAAUGCUGCUCGCUGGACAGCCCCAGCGCGUUGAUACCACCUCGCAGCGGCAAGACGUGUGUGCGGUGCCGUGCUGCCACGUAUUGCUGCGGCGCUUGCCAGCUUGCGGACUGGCGUGAGCGGCACUCUAGCACCUGCAGUGGGGCCGCCGCGGCGACGGCAGGGGCAGCAGGCGCAACUAAGGCAGGAGUAGAGAAGGCAUGAGCUCCAACGACGGCAGUCGCGUAGGGUGAAGUGUCAAACGAGUAUUGGAUGCGGGCCGGGGCUGUGUAGGCUGGAAGAAGCCUUGAAGAGUGCACAAGGUAGCACACGAACACAAGGCUUGUGUUUCGUAGGAUUGCGGUUGGUAGCUCGUUCCCCUUCAACUGCGGUAACUUUGGGACCUUUACUUCGUAUGAGUAGCCGUACCCAGUAUGUCGCGCGUACGGUGUGGAGGUUGGCAGCAGGUCUCCGGAGACUGCUUGAAAGGAUGCGCUACAUUGGACGUUCUUUGGUUUGCCUGGAUGGCUGGUUGACGUUUUGUGUGUGUGUGUUGUAUCACGGCAUAUGGGUGACAGUUUAGUUGGUGAUAGGGGUGGCGGACGGUUUAAUGGAUACCAUGCCGCGGCGGCGGUGCAGGGCAUGGCAGCUGUGGGGGCGGCGCAGGACCUGGCGGCAGCGGCGGCGGCGGCGCAGGACCUGGCGGCGGCAGCGGCCCUGGGCCCAGCAGUGGCGGCGUGCUUGUGCGUAGCGGAUGGGGCAGGUAAAGUUAUGUGAAGGAGGGAGCACGGCGACGCCCGAGAAAUGGGCCCGGCGCGCAGGCUCAGACCUGCCGACGUCUGGUUUGCUUGCGGUCGUUGCUGGCGAGCAUAGCAUCUUGCAUAGCAUGGCAGGUUGUGUGGUGGAAAGUACUGCUGUUUGGUUCCCAUGCAUUGCCUGCACUCCCGUUACAUCUCACUACAGCAAUUGUCAAGUUCGCGUUGUCUCUUAAACGUGCCAAGUCCGUAGCCAACCAGCUCGGCUGGACACGUGGUGGGCGGUGCCCGUACAAACCAAACCCAAGGAGGAAGGUGGCGGGGGCAGCUAGAGAUGAUGCGGGAUUAUGUGCGACAAGAAAAGGUGGCUCUCCCUCGCAAGGGAAAAGUGGGCUGAGCCCACGCCACGUCCUCCGUCUGAGGCCGAAGGUUCCGAUACUAGCCUCAUCUCC